UAUUAAUUCUAUCUCUCUCACACACACACACAUUCCAAUUCCAGAUUUUAUCGCAUUAGAGCAAGUUUUCUUCUUAGGUGCCGUCGGCCUUUGAUGUGAUUUGGAAUUGAGACCAAUACAUACAUAUAUAUACAUAUAGAUACAAUCUUAACACCCUGCAAUCCGCUGCUCCAUGGGUUGCGCUUCGUCAGUUCCAGAUAGAAGUGCUGGGCGGAUCGGGGGUGUUAACCUGGACAAUGGUGGCGCGAAUGACCCGAAGAACCUUAAAGUCAAGUUGGUGCUGUUAGGUGAUUCUGGUGUUGGGAAAAGUUGCAUUGUCCUCCGAUUUGUUCGUGGCCAAUUCGAUCCAACAUCUAAGGUCACCAUUGGAGCAUCAUUCUUGUCUCAAACAAUAGCCUUACAAGAUUCUACUACAGUGAAAUUUGAAAUUUGGGACACUGCAGGUCAAGAAAGGUAUGCAGCUCUGGCACCACUGUAUUAUAGAGGAGCUGCAGUUUCCAUCAUUGUUUAUGAUAUAACUAGUCCGGAAUCAUUUCAUAAGGCGCAAUAUUGGGUCAAGGAAUUACAAAAGCAUGGGAGUCCUGAUAUAGUCAUGGCUUUAGUUGGUAACAAAGCUGAUCUAAAUGAAAAACGAGAAGUAUCAACUCAGGAUGGAAUUGAUUAUGCGGAAAAGAAUGGAAUGUUCUUUAUUGAGACAUCUGCAAAGACGGCAGACAACAUAAACCAGCUCUUUGAGGUGCCUUUAACAAUUCCCCUUUUCCAUCGCAUCACGUUUGCACAUGAGACAUGCAAAUCUAGGAAACAUAAAGAUAUUAUGUCUCUGGCGAUAAUGCAAUUUUAUCAUCCUCCUAUAACACAAUAGUUAUUGCUUCACUUAACAUGUUACAUAUUUCUCAAGUGUCAAAACUCGAACAAUCUGCCCUUCCUCCUAGCUGACCUGCUUUGGUUUCAUGAUGUUCUGAUUUUUCCAGGAAAUUGCCAAGAGACUGCCGCGCCCAGCUCCUCCUCUGUAAGUGGUCAAACGUCAGAAACCAUACCUCCAUCUGCCUUGCAUUUAAAUGUAUAUUCUAACUGUCAUUUUAGUUGUACUCGCGUUCGUGUUGAAUAGCAAGACUGUGACUCCUUAUAUAUAUGCACGCCCGUAGCUGUCUUAAUGUAUUUUUCCUAAAGUGUGCGAUUUGUUGCUACGGAUGUAUAAUAGAUUGAUCCUUUACGCGUUUGUUGUAUUGGGCUCAGCAGCUCGACUCUUGUUCUUGCUUCUUCAUCUGGCCUAGAUUUUAUGUGUAUCAUAUGAAUAUUUACCUGCA